AUGAGUGUGGUUGACUUAAAUGUGGGCAAAGAGGGGCCGCCAGGCCCAGUUGGGCCACGUGGACUUCCAGGGGACAUAGGUUCGCCUGGGGACCCCGGAGCACCUGGAAAAGAUGGACUCAAAGGAGAGAAGGGUGACUCGGGUGGUGUGAUGGGCCCUCCUGGGCCCCCCGGUCCCAAAGGUGAACCUGGAGCCUCAGGACAAGGAGCACCUGCAAAUCCGGGAGAGGGAAUGUCAGGGCCCAGAGGAUCUCGGGGGCCAAAGGGUGAAAGGGGGCUCCCUGGAGUGGCAGGAGAGCCGGGGGAGAAGGGUGACCCUGGUCUGGGUAUCCCAGGAUCCCCUGGCCCAAGGGGACCUGAGGGAAUACCUGGAAUUCAGGGCCCUCAAGGACCCCCCGGGCCACCAGGACCUGCCGGCAUGCCAGGCAACGAGGGCCCCCCCGGCAGAGACGGCAAGCCAGGCCCCCCCGGACCCCCCGGUGAGCCGACUGCACUGCCAAUUGUUGGCGAUAUGGGUGCCAUACUUAAGAAUGCCUGCAGUGUGUGCCAGACAAGAGUGCCCGGGCUGCCAGGACAGAAGGGCGAGAAGGGGUCCCCUGGGGCUCCUGGAGUGGAGGGUAUGAAGGGUGAGAAGGGGGAUCAAGGGGUACGAGGACCUGUGGGGAACCCUGGAAAGGAGGGGCCAAAGGGAGUGAAAGGAGAGCGAGGAUUCCCUGGUCCUGUUGGAGAUAAAGGAGAUGAGGGGUCUCCAGGAGUGCCCGGAUUCCCUGGUGCCAUGGGUCGCACUGGAACUCCAGGCAUGAUGGGAAGGCCUGGUCCCAUGGGGCAUCCAGGAUCCAAAGGGGAAAGAGGCAGUGAAGGUCCACCUGGGCCACCUGGUCUCCCAGGCCCUCCGGGUGCCCCCUACCCAGAAGGCAAUGGGAUGAGCAGUCUCUACAAGCUGCAGGGUGGUGGCGCCAUGGGAUAUCCGGGACCACCUGGUGCUCCGGGAGAACCCGGUCCGAUGGGCCUGCCAGGUCUGGAAGGAUUGCCCGGCACCAAGGGUGACUCAGGAAUGCCAGGACCUCCAGGUCUCCCUGGGCCUCCAGUGAGUAACGGCUAUGGCGACAUGGGGAAGCAUGGCCCCCCUGGCCAUCCUGGGACUCCAGGAGAGCCGGGCGAGAGAGGGCCUGUGGGAGAGACGGGAUUCCCGGGGCCAGAGGGACCUCGUGGUGCUCCUGGAAAGGCAGGCAAGGAUGGCAUUCCAGGUUAUGAGGGAGCUACAGGUAGACCAGGAGACAGGGGUCCAAAAGGAGAGCGGGGCGACCCUGGUAUCCCAGGAGAGAGAGGAGUUCAGGGAGAGAGAGGAAAGCCAGGAGAUAGAGGGCCUAGGGGUCCUGUUGGCCCCACAGGACACAGAGGGGACCCUGGCCCACCGGGGCUUCUGAGUGAUGCGGAUACUCUGGAGGAAAUCAAGACGUUCAUCCGAAAUGAGAUAUUAAGGGUUUUUGAAGAGAGGCUGUCUGGCCAAGGCUUGUUGCAGAAGACCCCAGCUGCUAUCCUGGCCUCACAUGUUCGCCCAGGCCCCCCUGGACCCCCUGGUAAUGAUGGUUCACCGGGGCCCCCAGGCCCUCCAGGAGAGCCAGGGCCACCUGGCCCACAAGGUAGGAGCCACGCCAUGUCAACCAGAACCGCGGGGGACGCUGUUACUGUUUCCCCUUCUCCCUUAACUGAAUAG